AUGUCUAACGCAAGGCAUUGGGAACAAGACAAAGAGGCGACCGUGUACAUCGGAAACCUCGAUGAACGCGUCACAGACAGCCUGGUAUGGGAACUGAUGCUGCAGGCCGGGCGCAUCGUCAACGUUCACCUGCCCAAAGACCGGGUCACGCAGUUGCACCAGGGAUAUGGAUUUGUUGAGUUCAUGACCGAGGAAGACGCGGAAUAUGCAUCGAAGAUCAUGAAUGGAAUCCGUCUCUACGGCAAACCCAUUCGUGUUAACAAGGCGUCGGCCGAUAAGCAAAAGACUGUGGAAAUUGGCGCAGAGCUGUUCGUGGGUAAUCUUGAUCCUAUGGUUGCCGAGCAGGGUCUGUACGAUACGUUCAGCCGCUUUGGAAACCUUGUCAGCCCGCCUAAAGUGAGAUCUCCUCCUCCUAAUACAAACAAGAUGGACACCGUUAACAGCCCCUCAAAGAUUGCGCGCGAUGACAACAAUCUCUCUAAAGGAUAUGGAUUUGUUUCUUUUGCCGAUUUCGAAUCCUCGGACGCGGCCAUUGCCAACAUGAAUGGCCAGUACCUGAUGAACAAACAGGUUUCGGUACAGUAUGCAUACAAGAAGGAUGGAAAGGGCGAGAGACAUGGUGAUGAAGCGGAGCGAAUGUUGGCAGCUCAAGCUCGCAAGCAUAAUGUACAACUCCCGACCCAGCAACCUCCUCAGUUCCCUGGCGCUCCUCCUGGCGCACCAGCAACGCCUGCCAUGUCCAACAGCGAUAUCUCUCGACCUAUGAGCACAGCACCCGACCUAGGCAUGAACCGGGGUUUGCCGCCAGCCAUGCCCUACCAGAAUGCACCCCCUCCAAUGCCCUACCAGGCCGCUCCCCCUCCAAACCGACAUGUCCCACCUCCCGUUCCUUCACUCACUACCCCACCUCCCGGGCUUCCAGCUCGACCUCCUCCUUCCCAAGCUGGCUACGGCGGCCCACAGGCCUUCUUGCCACCUGGAUUCAAUGGUGCAGGUCAACCGCCCUUCGUCCCACAAGCUGCAGCUCCCCCUGGGUUUGCGCCGCCGCCUGGAUUUGGACCUCCCGCUGGGGCCCCUUCGAUGCCACCCGGCUUCCAACAGCCCGGAUAUGGAGGAACUCGUUGA